UGAUCGACGAUCGUACGCCGAGUGUCGUCAUAAAGUUUGCCCGCGUACGCCGUACCGGUUACGCAGUUCGCGCGUGCAAUAACGGAAAUCGCACUCGUCGUCCUGUACGCGCGACUUUCCCGCGACUCGUGAGCUCGAGGUAACGUCGACUUGCGGAGGUAUCAUUUUGGGAGCUCGAUCAAGAUGGCCGAUGUGUCGGAGGAAGUGCCGAUCAAGGACGCCGCGACGGCAAUCUCUCAGGGUAAACGCCACCUCCUGGUGCGCGAUUACCACAUGGCAGUAGCCGUCUUAGCUCGCGCGUGCGAGCUUCUUGCUCAGGAGCAUGGAGAGACCGGCGACGAGAUGGGUGAGCUCUACCUACUUUACGGACGAGCCCUUCUGGGCCUGGCACGCGAGGAGGCGGGGGUGCUGGGUGGUGGUGUGCCCGGAUCUGAAGAAGUCAGUCAGGACGAACAGGGUGAAGAGGAGGAGGAAGAAACCGAGGAGGGAGCCGUAACGGAAGGUAAUCAUAUCGUGGAAGGUGGCCCUUGCACAUCAAACAGCAAAGAGGAUGACAAGCAAGAGACAACGGAGAAAGAGACUGAAGAAUCGAAGGAUGAAAAGGAGGCUGAAAAGGUUGAAAAGGACGAAAAGACGGAAGAAUCCGAUAAAACGGUCGACAGCAAGGUCGAGGAAAAGAACAAGCAGAGAGAAGAAAUUCCUGGCUGUAGUCGAGAUCUUGAUUUGCACAAUGGCGAGGCUUCUGGUAGUGGCUUGAACAGAAAACAUGACGAAGAUGAGGAUGGAGAUGAAGAAGAGGACGUUGAGAAGGAUGAGGAUGAAAUCAACAAUCUGCAGAUCGCUUGGGAAGUCUUAGAACUGGCGAAGCUGGUGCUAGUAAAACGCGGACCUCCGGGCUGGAAAUUUUUGGCUGAGGCUUACCGUCUACUUGGCGAGGUCGCAAUGGAGGGUAGCAACCACGAGAGCGCGCUGAUCGAUUUCAAGGCCUGUUUGAAUCUGCAGGAGAAGAUGACUCCGCGCGACCAUCGUGCGAUCGCCGAGAUCCACUAUCAGCUCGGCUUGGCGCACGCGAUGGCGAACAACUUUGACAUCAGCAUCGAACAAUUCAACCAGGCGUCUGCGCUCCUGGAAGCGAAGAUCGUGCAUCUGAAGACUUUGCAGGAUGCCCCACCUCAAUCCGACGAUCCCUUCUACACCGUCGAGGGGGAAAUCAAGGAGUUGCAGGAACUUCUUCCAGAGAUCCAGGAAAAAAUCGCGGACAUCAACGAUAUGAAGAAAGAAGCCAAUGUGCUCAAAGAGAUUAAGGAGGAGAGAUUGAACGGGUGCUCUAGUGAAGGUGAAGCGAAUGAGGCUUCUGCAAGUGGUAGUAGUAGUAGUACGUCCAAACCUGCCAGCGAUAUAUCGCAUUUGGUUAGAAAAAAGCGCAAAGCGGAGGACGAAGAGGAGGCCGCUUCUCUCUGCAAGAAACCGUUACAGGAAAAGGACGUGGCGUGAAAAGUGCGAGUAUCUGUUUUUCAUGAUCAGACUAAUCUGAAGUCUGAUAAAACUAAGAAAUGUUGAUAUUUUUCUCGAUAAUAUAAAAGAAGUAUUUGCUGAUGUAUAAAAACUCAGUGUUUUCUACAAAAAUGACUGCAAGUCAGUGAAUUCUUUUCCAGUGUAGAUAUUGAUUGAAAUAAUUUUUAGAGCGCCAGCAAAUAAUAUAUGUUCGAAAUCCAUCACUUAAAAUCGCCUUAUGAUAUCAUGAACACAAACAGAAUCAUUUUAUAAUUGCGUGUAUUUUUAGAAAUCAUACAAAAAUAUUUGAUAUUUUUUUUGAUAAUAGAAAAUGUUUACUGCUGCUUAAGCAACGUUUUCUGAUGAUCAUUGAUCAAGCAUUCCCAGUAUAAAUAAUCGUCAGAAUUUGUCAGAAGUUAUAAUAUUCAUAUUGUUUAGUUUAUCCUUAAAAAAUUCUUUUAUGAUAUCGUAAGUUGAAUGGAAUCGUUUCGUGACUGAAGUAACAAUUCACAUCAAUAUUAAAGAGAAAUGAAUUUAACAAUAAUAAUAGAAUUUGAAAAAUUAAAUGCAGUAUAAUUUUUAUCUUAUAUUAAAUGUAGACACAUCUGUCUUGUACAUUCAUAUUAGACAAAUUCUUGUAUUGAAAUAUAUGUUAAAUCUCUAUAACUUGUCUAAUAUUAGAGCUUGACACUCUUAUGAACUGAAAUUUUUUUGUUUUUAGUAAAACUCGACACAAUUGAAAAAUAUUCAACGUAUAUUUGAUUAUAAUAAUUCCCUGAUUUUCGCGAGAAAGAAGAUUGUUGUUGAAGCGAUUCUUUUCAUUUUUACAUGCCCUUUGAACGUCAUUUCAAUCUCUGACUUAUACCCCAGCAAAUACGUUCGUAUGUUAAAGAGAACUUUUAUAUUCCGUUUUAUUCAAUGAUAAUCGGUUUGCCGCGAUCGAAGUUGAGUUUUUGAGAACGGUGUGUGCGUGCGAACAUAUCCUUUGAUUUUUUUAAGUCUUUAAGACAUCGGAGAGGCUAUUGUGGAACUAUUCGGGGGGAAGGUUUCUGAUUAGAAUAUAGUUAAAACGAUUAGGAAAUCUUUCACAAACGAGAAGUCGACUUCGAGUAAGUAGCUUUACAUCAGAUUUCUUCGCGCAACCGAAAAAGAUACCAUUUACCUUUGUCAUAUAAUGUAGGAUUUCGAAAAAGGAUGUCCAUGUAGCUCAAAGAGACGAACGGAAUGUCGCGCGUUUUUCCAACAACCUGACAUAGUUUCAUAAUAGAUCCCAGGAUAGGCUACAUUGUAUUUAUUUUAGUUUAGCUGAAUAGCGGCAGACACACCCACAGUACUGUUUUGAACUGUAGAUAUAAGGAAUUCGAUUAGAAAUAAGUGAUUGUUUGUGUACGAAUAUCACAGUAAAUAAAUGUUGAAGCAAUGCCUUUUUUUA